CUCGCUAGGGAGCUAGAACAACGAGAGGACUCGACCAUACGCCGAGAGGUAAGUAGACUCCAGAAAAAAAUGGAAUACUAAGUCGACCUAAGUACUCAUUCUACGCACUAAAAAGUAGACUCGCUAAAGUGCAUUUACGAGUCUACUCACUAAUACGUCAACGCACUAUAACGUCGACUCAUAACUUGACUCAUCAAGUCGAUGAAUUAAGAUUGCAAUUUACCCAUUGGUCGACGAAUAAUUGGACUCUAGUAAUACGAACAAAACCUCUCACUCAUCAGUGGAAUAAUACGUCGACUAGCUGCUAUGCGGACUUGUAAGUCGACCAACUAAUUCUCCGAUUCACUACCGAGUCAAUCAAAGAACCCGACCAACAGCUACACCCAACUAGGAACACACUCGACGCAACAUGCAGAACACUUCCGUCCCCCAAGUCCAUAAAGAGUGCGUGAUCUUCGCCGACUUCAACUGCACGGGCCCGACCCAGGUUCGCGAGGUCCGCCUCGUCCUUCUUGUCGUCUUCGCUAUCUUCAUCACGGCCACCAUCCUCGGCAACCUGCUCAUCAUCACCGCCAUCGCCUCCUUCACGAAGCUGCAGACGCACGCCAACUUCCUGGCCCUCUCCCUGGCCGUGUCCGACCUGCUCGUGGGCGUCUUCAUCAUGCCCCUGAGCAUGAUGAAGACCGUCUACGACUGCUGGUUCUACGCGUCCGUGCUGUGCAACGCGCACUACUUCCUAGACUACACCCUCACCACGGCCACCAUCCUGCACAUCACCUGCAUCGCCUACGACCGCUACGUGGCCAUCUGCGACCCGCUGCGCUACCCGACGCGCGUCACCGUCCGCACCAUCGCGGGGCUGCUGGUGCUCUGCUGGCUCGGCGCGGCGAUCUUCUCCUCUCCCAUCCUCCUGAGCUUCAGCCCGACGCUGUCGCGCGGCAACAUUGAGCGCGCCUCGUGCCCCGACGACUGCGUGUUCUCCGUGAGCUUCGGCAUCCUCGUCACCAUUGGCAUGGGCCCCUACUUCACCGCCAUCCACGUGGUCUUGCUGAUGUAUGCCGUCAUCUACCGCGUGGCGCGCAGGCAGUCGCGCAAGGUUGCGGCCGAGGCUGCCUCCUCGUCGGCGGCCGACUCGAGCGCCGUGAAGAACAUGAAGCGAGAGCACAGCGCCGCCAAGACGCUGGGUGCCAUCAUCGGCACGUUCAUGCUGUCGUGGCUGCCCUACUACGUGGUGGCGAUGAUGUCCUUCACCGUGGAUGGUCUUUUCAUUCCCUACCGAGUGGCGAUGUGGAUCGGCUACUGCAGUUCGGCCAUCAACCCGCUGCUCUACGCCUCGUUCAACCGCCCGUUCCGCACGGCCUUCCGCGACAUCUUUCGCCUCCGCGUCUUCUCCGGAGUGGUCAGGAGGGACUCGGGGCUCUCGGAGAGGAGCCACGGCCAGGCGAUGGCACGCUGAACGAGGCUUUUUUGAAAGGCGGUGACGUCACUGAGGGGCGACGACGUCACCUGGGUUGCGAGAAGGGAGGGGCUCGAGAUUCGUGUAUGUAUGUUCUAUGUACGUUGAACUUUUU